AUGAAUGUUUCAUUUCCAGAUAAAAUGAAUACAAAAUUUGUAUUAUCAUAUUUUUAAAUAAAAUAGAAUCAAUAGAUUGAUCUAUAUUUGAAAUAAGAAGAUAAGUAACAAAAAAGACCAAAAAUAAAUGAAUAGAAAUUAAAUAACAUUAUAGAUAGUAAUCUUUAAAUAGAAGAAGCAAAGGAUCGAAUUAUGUAAGAAUAAGUACACUUACUACUGUAAAUCAGAUCCUUUCAUCACCAUAUUUGAAUCAAUAAUUUAAGAUCUCAUAGGAGAAAGUCAUAUCACUUUAGGAACUAGAAAAACAAAAAAAGGAUAUGAAAGCAGCAUAAUAUAUAUUAUGGUAAAUUGAGUAGAAACAACAUGAAAAGGAAAUCAAAUAAAAAAUACUUUAACUAUAGACCAAGCUUAAAUAUAAGGAAUUGAAAAAGAAGAUAGAUGCUUUGAUGAAUUAAUUAGAUUAUAAUUUAAAGAGAGUCAACAUUUAUUAUUUUGAAUAAUAAGAAUAAAAAGAGAAAUAUAUGAAUAAUUAAAUGAAUUAGAUGCAGUAUAGCUUAAAUUCAUCUUUGUAAAAGAAUGAAUUUCAUAAUCAAAAUAUAUAUUUCAAUUAUUAAAUGUAAAUGAAGAGAAUUCAAGAAGUAAAAUAUGAUAUAUUUAGAUUUGUUAACAAAAAUUGAAGAAUUAUGAAAGCAAGAUUAAUAAAAUUUAUAAAUAGAAAUAUGAAAAUAUAGAUUAGAUCUAUUAGAAGGCUUAAUAAUCUUAGGAAUAUUUAGAUAAAAUAAAAGAAAAAUCUAAUUAAACAUAUUAAAUUAAAAUUAAUAAAAUAAAAGAGAAGAUAGAAUAUUUUUAAGAUAAGAUAAAUUUAAUUGAGAAGAAAAGAUUAUUAAAUUUAUAACUUACUUAUAAUAAGGAAUUUGAGCAUAAUUAAUAAAUGAAUAAAUUUAGAGCAAAAUCUGAAAAUAUAUUUAGAAAUCAAUCACACAAUCUUUUGAAUAAACAAAAUAUGAAAGAAUAAACAUUUCAAUUGAUUAAACGUUAGAACUAAUUGGAAUUAGAGUAGAAAUUUUCAAGAUUGAAUUAAAAAUGGAUUACACUACAAUCACAAGUAAUUAGGGCUAAUUAAUUUAAAUAAUCUUAUAUUUAAUAAUUAGAAUAAUAAAUAAAUUAGAGAGAUUAAAGAUUGUAAGAUUAAAUGUAUAUAAAAAUAUGUGAUUAUUUAGUUAAAAUAAAUUAGAAAUAUAAAGAAGAAGAUUAAAAGUUAUAGAAGAAAUGGAAAAGUAAAAAAGAGAUAUGUUUUUAAAAUUAGAAUCUAAUAAAAUAUAUACUAUGGAUUUGAAGUAUUAUCAUAGGACUCCUAAAAAUUAAACUAAAUUAUUUAUAACCUGA